AUGAGUGGCCUUAACAGACAACUUGCUAGACUAAACUCCAUUGCCAAGGGAGCUGGAUCCGUCAGGGUACCAACAAAUGUUACUGGACUCUCUCUUCGUCUCAGUACAAGGAGACCAGCCAAGGGUGCCAAGUCGUUCUGGCGUGAGAAUCUACCACAAGUCCAAUUUCACAACCCAUCAUUGCCUAUAACUGUCAAGAAGGUUACUGCGGAACAAGAAGCGGCAGGCGAAAAGAUUUCGUUAAGCAUUUCAUUUGAAGAUGGUACGUCGAAAUCGGUUGAGACCACAGAAAGGACUUCUGAACAAAUUCUAGAAGACUUUGUCGCUGCAUCUGGUGCUUCCCAAGUGCCCGAAAAUGAAAUCCCAGUUUUAAAACGUCCUUCAUUCCACGAUUUAUGA